GGGGCAUACAAUGUGGGCCACCACUCAAAAAGGCUUUGCUUCCACAUUCACCCACCACCGCUUCCCUCUCUUUGACGCACAAACGCAGGGAGAGACUCGGAGAGAGACUCCGUUGAAAUCAAUAUUUUCUCUUACACGAUCCCGGAAAAUUUUCUCCCUUCAUUUUUCUCUAUCAUCCAAUCCCGCCAUUUAUUUUCCUUCUCAUUUUCAUUUCAAACAAACAAAUUUGUUAGGAGGGGAAAAACGUAACUAACUCUCUGUUUUAGAUCUCCUUUUCGUUGCCUCAAUUCUUCCAGUUUCAUUAGCUUCCUUUACAUUCUUAUGUUCUAUACAUAGAUCAAGCACACUCGUCCCUUCUUUUUUUUUUGUUUUUCUGAAAAUUAUUUUAUAAACACUUAUUUCAAUUGAAGUUUUCGAUUCGUAGCUCAAAUAUAUUACUUCUUUUGUUUGGUUUCUUAAUAUGGACGAGUUUGGUGUCUUGACGGAGAGUUUUGGGUUAAAAUCUCAAGGCAAAUCGUCUCCGAUGGCCGCAUCGAGACGAACAAAUAACACCUCCAGUGCUCAAACCCGAAAUCUCGCUUCCAAUUCAGCUUCAAACCAAAAUUCAUCAUCAUAUGCUUCGACAUCUGCCCAUAAUUCCAAUUCCCUAAAUGGGUCUUUUUUCAAUGAUAAUGAAACUCUUUUUAGCAGUAAAAAACCCCAGAAUUUUGGUGGUUUAGAUGAUGGGUUUGACAUUUUUGGUGGUUUCCAAAGUAACUCAAGGCAAACAACUAAUAAUGGCGCUGGGUCUUCUUUCGAUUACGAUUCUAUUUUCUCAAAUUCUAAUAACUUGAAUGCUAAAUCGUCAUUCGAUGGCGAUAUAUUGAGCGGGUUAAACAGCUCGGGUUCCAUUAGCACGGAUGAUAUUUUUGGGACCUAUGAUUCUAAGCCAAAGCAGACCGCAACAAUUGAUGAUUUCUUUGGGACCGUUGGUGGAAAAACGAAGAGUCCUAGUCGGAAUGAAUCUGUAGAUUUCGAUGAUUUGAUACCUGGGUUUGAUUCAAGCUUCUCAUUAAAAAAGGGGGAAACUACUGGGAUGAAUAGAUCAACUUUCACUGCAUUAGAUGACCCUUUUGUAGUAUUAGAAACGACUUCAACCACAAUGAAAUCAACAUCCAUAGACCCAUUGGAAGAAUUCAGUAAGUUCAAUCACUCGGGAAGCACAAAGCCCCCUGGUUCAACAAAUGCUUCACCACUAAGGCCCCCUCCACGACCGGGGCAAGUUUUGAAGAGUAAUAAAGUUAAAGGUUCAAAUGUGGCUUCCAUAGAUGAACUUGAAGAUUUUGCUAUGGGCAGGGUGCAGAAUAAUGCUGGAAGAUCAAUUCACCAUGCUAGGGAAGUAAGUGAGAGACAACCUGCAAAAGCAACUAAAUAUAAAGAAGCUGAAGUUGCUGCAUGGAAGAAUCAUGAAAAGAGUGCCAAUGAUCUAGAAUCCUUUUUUAGCAUGGGUUUUCGAUCCAACAGUGUACCAAGGUCAAGGACUGCAACUGUGGAUCCUGUAUUUGAUGCAAAGAUAAACAACAAAGGAGCUGCAGUAGCCCAGAGGAAGUCUAGUGGUGCCUCAUCUGGCAUAAGAAAGGCUUCUUCUACAACAAGUAUAGUUGAUGAUUUUUCUUCAUUAUUUGGAGAUGCAUCAUUUUUUGGAGAAUUUGAGGAAGUUGAAGGGGAAAGCGAAGAAAGACGAAGAGCCAGAUUGAGCCGACACCAGAGGACCCAAGAUCGGGUGGCAAAAGCGGUUGCUGAUAUGAACCAGCGUGACCUUCAAACUCAGCAUGAGCAAGAAGAGAGGCGUAGGAUUGCUGACAAAAUGGAUGCUGAGAUAAAGCGCUGGGCUGCAGGGAAAGAAGGCAACAUGCGUGCAUUGUUAUCAUCGUUGCAACAUGUGCUUUCCCCUGAUUAUGGAUGGGAGCCAGUUUCAUUGACAGAUUUGAUUACUUCAUCCUCGGUGAAAAAAGUUUAUAGAAAGGCAACAUUAUGUGUCCAUCCUGAUAAGGUUCAGCAGAAGGGUGCCACUCUUGAACAAAAAUAUACAGCGGAGAAGGUUUUUGAUAUCCUCAAGGAAGCUUGGAACAAGUUCAAUAAGGAGGAACUUUCUUAAAAAUCAUUGAUGAUCUGUGUUGUUGAUAUUCGUGUGGCGCAAUUUGGCAAUCUCAGAAUUCUCUUUUCAGGGAACAUGAUGCUUGCGCAGUUCCAUUCUUCAGCUUCAGGUGCAAAGUGCUUGCAUUAUGACAUGAAUUCCAUUAUUGUGCGACACUUUGGUCCAUGCAAAGUGAUAUUCUGAUGAUCAGGAAAGAACUUUCUUGUUUGUGUAUGAUGUUGUAUAUUAAAAAUCUAAACAUUACGCGUUACAACAAUCAUGUAACUGUCCCCCAGAGUGGGUUCAAACGGCCAAUGCAUUUGAUGUUGGCGCUCAGGAGCUUUAUUGUGAUUCUUUUUUUUUUUGUUUGUUUGUUUGAAAGGAGGAAAGCGGGUGCGAGAUGUUCUUUUUAUUUGUAAUAAUGGUUCUCUUUGAGGCUUCAUGUACUGGAUCACUUGUUUUUAAUGGUUGUCUUUGAAGCA